AUGAGUACCUCUUCGGCCAAGGGGUUCCGCAGGGCUGUAUCCGAGCUGGAUUCCAAACAGGCUGAGGCGGUGACGUCUCCUCAUUUCAUCGGGCGCCGACAAUCUCUGAUUGAAGAUGCUCGCAAAGAGCGAGAAGCGGCCGCUGCCGCCUCCGAGUCGGCGGAUCCUGGGGAGCAGUUGGUGUUCGAAGAGGAAGGAGGCAGGGCCAUGGUGAAUUUAUUCUUCACAAUCCGCUCUGCCAAGAGCUCUUCAUUCUCCCGGACCCUCAAAGUGUUCGAGACCUUUGAAGCUAAAAUACACCACAUUGAAACAAGGCCAUCCAAGAAACCAAAAGAUAAAGAGAUAUUGGAAUUCUUCAUCCGUUGUGAAACAAACGUUUCGGAUAUCAGCACCUUGGUCAGUUCCCUGAAAAGAGUUGCAGAUGAUGUAAAAACAACAAAAGAAGAAAAAUUUCACUGGUUUCCAAAAAAGCUAUCAGAUUUGGAUAGAUGUCAUCAAUUAGUUACAAAAUAUGAGCCGGAAUUGGAUCUGGAUCAUCCGGGCUACUCUGAUACUCAGUACAGGGACCGGCGGAGGCAGAUUGCAGAAAUUGCGAUAAAUUAUCGAUAUGGUGACCCAAUUCCAAGAGUAGAAUACACCCCUGAGGAAAUUGCAACGUGGAGAGAAGUGUUUGUGAACCUAAAGACUUUGUAUCCAACACAUGCAUGUGCCGAACACCUGGAUGCCUUCAGAGUGCUGGAGAAACAAUGUAAUUACAACAAAGACAACAUCCCUCAACUUGAAGAUGUCUCCUGCUUUUUGAAAGAACACUCAGGGUUUCAGCUGUGGCCUGUUGCUGGGUUACUUUCAGCCCGGGACUUCUUGGCGAGUCUCGCUUUCCGAGUUUUCCAGUGUACGCAGUAUGUAAGACAUGCUUCCUCGCCAAUGCAUACUCCUGAGCCGGAUUGUUGCCAUGAACUGCUGGGACAUGUCCCCAUGCUGGCUGACAAGACAUUUGCUCAAUUUUCUCAGAAUAUUGGUCUUGCCUCCCUCGGAGCAACUGAAGAGGAAAUUGAAAAGCUUUCUACUCUUUACUGGUUUACUGUGGAGUUUGGACUGUGCAAGCAAAAUGGAGAAAUUAAAGCAUAUGGAGCUGGUCUGCUGUCAUCCUACGGUGAGCUAAUUCACUCCCUGUCUGAUGAACCCGAGUUACGGGAGUUUGACUCUGACGCUGCUGCUGUGCAGCCCUAUCAGGAUCAGACAUACCAACCAGUGUAUUUUGUAUCUGAAAGUUUCAAUGAUGCUAAAGACAAACUGAGAAAGUAUGCAGCCAACAUCAAGCGGCCGUUUUCAGUGAAAUACGAUCCAUUUUCCAAGACCGUGGAAGUAUUGGACAAUCCUCAGAAAAUCAAGACUUCUUUGGAUAAUCUGAAGGAUGAGUUGCAGUUGCUGACUGAUGCACUAAAUGUUUUAUCCUAA